AUGAUAAAGUCAGGUAAUUUUACAAAACAUCUAUUUGUGAGCAUUGAUAGAUACACAUUUCUGCAACGUGUGUGGGGACUGAAAAAGAUAUGCACAUGGUCAGACAUACGACUAUCAAAACAUCCGUAUAAACCGAAGACGAAAGAAAUUAUUCAUCCUCAUGUGACAGUACCAGAAUAUUUGUCCCCAUCAGAUUGUUUUGAAGCUAAGACAAAUCAGUUACAACAGUAUAUACCAUGCAAUUAUUAUAGAACGAAAUGGAUAGAAUCCCUAAGGAGUGGUGAAUACUUGGGGAAUGAUUAUCCAUGGAAUUUAUUACCCAAUUGGAAAUACUGGAAGAAAAGAAAAUAUAAUAUUCAGUAUAAUGAAAUACCAUGGUUUGUAUCUAAAGUGAAAGGGGUUUCCUUUUAUAGACGUCUAAACGUGUGGAUGGUGCAGUGGGUUGAAAAUGGAGUUCAUCGAAUUCGCAGAUUUCGGUGUGCAUUUGGUAUUCUACAAGCGAAAUUAGCAGCUGAACAGUUCAGAAAAAAUUUAGAGGAAUCUGGUCGAGUGGACAACAGGAAAUCAGAGAGACAGCUCCGAAUGGACUACAUACAGAAGCGUGACGAGCGAUUGCUUCGAAAGAAGAGAUAUUCCAAAAUUUCAAAGGGUCAGUUCUAG